AAAUAUUCUCUUCUCUGUAUACUGUUCUCUCUCUGUAUACUUUAAGCAAUUUAAAUGGCAAAUAACAACACGGAGACUUUGUGGAAAACAACUGUUAUUGUCAGUACUUCCCUUCAGAAUAAUGAAAUUUCAGUGGUGCUUUUAGCACAACAACACCUACUUCGUUACUCAGACAGUAUUGAUGGCGGUACACUGGUCUUUCCUCUCUCAGGUGUGGCGUUCUUGUUGAUCACCCCAGAGGAGUUUCCUGAAAAGGCUGAGUGUGAAGAAUUCUUUAGAAGGAUUGAAAAGUUCAUCCAGGUCCACAGAAACAGCUUUCUUUUGCUCCAGGCGCCAGCAUACGGCGCACGAGAAUUGGAGAUUGUGUCUGCAGUGCAGAACAGAUUCUUUGGCAGUAAUCUCAAAGUCUUACCUGUCCAUAGUAAUGGGGACGCUGUCAAGGGAAUGCUAACCAUCGCUAAAGCGAUGAUCUACGUGCUGUGGAAAAACCACGUAUCAGAUGCUGCUACUCAAGAAAAAUCUGGCAAGCUCAGAGGCAUGAACUACACACAGCAUGGUGUCAGUGAUGUCGCAUCUGUUUUCCACUGAACAUUUAUGGUGCCUGAACUGAAAAGAUCUUGCACUUUAAAUACCAGAAUUCCAGGUAGGCCUCUGUCCUGUGCAUGUUACAUCUUAGUUACAUGCUGGUACCAGAGGGAGGAAGAAACAACAGAUCUAUACUUCUACACCAGCACAACUACAGCUGAAGCCUGCGUGCCCUUUAGUAAAUCGGCAUUCUGAUGGCAAUUACUAGUGUUGACUUGUUCCCAAUCAAUACAUACAGAGUGGGACGCUUCAAGUGCAGCCUGUAUUUUUAGUAGAGACACUGUGUAUGUGUGUGUGUGCGUGUUAGUGAUCAAUAUGCCAGUGCCCGGUUACCCCCAGCAAUGGAGCCCCGUCUUUAUGGGCAAGUCCCUACGGCAGCGGAGGCUGGGAUGUUACACGCGAACAGGCUGUCAAAAUGAUUUUGUCACUCCACUCAUUCUGUGGUAUUUGGAGAUGCAUACGUGCUGCAUUGAGGGGUCCCUGUGUCUUUUUCGUGAGGUGAUAGAGGCUUUUAGCUUUUUUUCCCUCCCUCCCUUUGGCCUCCCUUUUUCCAUUUGAGUGCCUGCUCAAGAGUUAAAUCUAAUAAUACGUCUCACUCACUGGCCAGUGCUUCAGGUCAGUCAGCAUCCAUUUUGUUCUGAGCUUAUCUGUUUUAAUUUAAACAAUAUUGAGUAUAAUGUUUUUAAAGAGAAGCUUGUACAAAAAUAAAUUUUACUACUGACUCUAA